CUAAGGUCAUGAUACAAAAACUGAGCACCUGUGAUUCAACUUAAAACACUUCUGAAGGCCACACCAUCUCUCCAGCUUCCUUCCUGUAAGGAACUGAACUCACGACCUUUCACUUGCCAGGCAGGCGCUUUGCCGCUGAGCUAAAUCCCCAGCCCCUCUGCUGAAAGUUUUGACAGUCACACCAUUGCAGCCUGUCAGAAGCUACAGUGAUAUUCUAUUACCACUACCAGUGAAGUGUUUAUUUCAUCCAGCAAGUGAGUAAUCCAGGUCCAAAAAGCCCAAUUUAGAAUCUACUCCCUUAGAACACUCCUGGGACAACUAUCUUGGGUUCCUUACAACAUACUCUGAGAGUGGCCGAUAGCAGGUUUAUUGAGGAGUGUUCUUGAGAGAUACACCUAAAAGGAAGUGAGGAACAUAGGACUGAGCACUAGGAUCGACAAAGUUACAGUGGAGACCUUGGUUUACCUUAUAGGAAGCUGGAGAGAUGGUGUGGCCUUCAGAAGUGUUUUAAGUUGAAUCACAGGUGCCCAGUUUUUGUAUCACGACCUUAGGCUGUCAGCAGUGACUGCAGACUAUCCUUGAAAGGGGAAUAACUUCAGGCGGGCAGUUUUUGAGGCCAACAGUCCCUGAGAGUUUCUGAAUACUAUGGAAGUUGGGGUUACUUGGAAUAGCAGGAGAUCCUAAAGAACAAGGACUCCUCAUAGAUUGCUCUUGAAUCAUGAGAGAUGAAAUAGCAGCAGCAGUUUUCUUUGUUACAAGACUGGUGAAAAAACAUGAAAAACUGAAUAAAUGGCAAAUAGAAGACUUUGCAGAAAAGCUGAUGAAAAUCUUGUUUGAGACAUACAGAGGUCAUUGGCACCCCACCUGCCCUUCUAAAGGGCAAGCCUUCAGAUGUAUCCGAAUAAACCAUCAGAAUAACGACCCCAUUUUGGCAAGGGCUUGUGCUGAGAGUAAAGUGAAUUAUUUUCACCUGGGACUUCCAAAAGAGAUGACCAUAUGGGUAGAUCCCUUUCAAGUGUGCUGUAGGUGUGGUGAAAAAAAACAUCCAUUUACAAUCGCUUCUUUUAAAGGCAAAUGGGAGGAAUGGGAAUUAACUCAACAAAUCAGUUGUGCUGCUAACAGAGCCUCCUUAGAGUACUCCUCCGGCUCAUCCUCUGAUGAAGAAAGCGGCAGCACGGAAUCUCAGCUCAUUCCUAAAGUCAGCAAUCCUAAGAGUGUCUAUCAGGCUGAAAACUUGAAACAGCCCUACCCAUCUUGGCUCCAUGUCCCCCGCAGAAAAAAUGUGGCAGAUGGCGGCCGUGCAGGAGUCCUCCCGAGCCGGACUGCUCAUCAAGCUGCACAUAGGAACCCCAAGUGCUACAGGCCUGUCGCUGGGCACCGCGUGGACAGGAGGAACACCAGCUGUUUGCUGAAGAGGACAGAUCAGGAGUCUGACUACAAGGGCUUUGUGGUGAAAGAAUAGAGUGGAUUGGAGAUGUUCAGGAGAAUUCUUCCAGCCUGAAAAAUUAAGAGUCCUUCCAGCGACUAAGACAAGAACAGAGGGAAAACCAUGUGAAGCCAGAGAGGAAAAUGUGGCCAUCUUCAAGCCAAAGAAGGAGACCCUAAGAAAAAGUCAACUCUGCUGAUACUUUGACCUUGGAAUUGUGGCCUCCACAAGGGUACUGGGAAUCGAACUCAGGACCUUGUGCUUGCCAGCCCUAGUUUUGUUUCUCUGAAUGCAACAGAUCUAUGACAGCUAUGGAGACCUAGCCAACUGCACGUGUCAGUCAACCAGUACUAAUGGAAUACCAACAGUGUGAAAAUCACAAUAUAAAACACAGUGCUGGGGACUAUGAGAGAUUUGAAGAAGGCUUGAUCCUUGCCCACAAGACAUCAAUUAAGUAAUGGAAACAAACAAGAUUACUUGAAUGUUCAAUGAAGAUUUCAUAGCAUUAUGAUCACCUAUCUAGAAGUAAGGGUGGAAUCAUGAACCCACUAAAAGGACUGGAAGUAAUUUUGUGAAAGAUGCAUGCUUAGGACAGACUUGGAAGGAUGUUGGGAAGUAAGCAGACCAAUGCACAGAACUAUAUUGCAGGCCAGGAUGGGUAUGAACCAUUGGUAUUGUGGCUGCAUUGACAUUUAUGGUUUCAAUGUGUCUUGCCUUUCGGAGGAGAUCAAUGGAAACUCAGACAUAUGGAAAUCACAUUAGCUUUUGAUAAAGAGUGAGGGAAUAACGAAU